UCAAAGUCACAAGAAGGUAAAUAAUUCAACAAAAUAAUAUUAAAUAUAGGUGUCCAAAGUACACAGAAAUAAUACAAAAACAAAGAAUCAUACACUUAUUUCUGAAUAAUAUUCUAAGGAAUGAGUUAAAAUGGUGGAACCAAUAUUUGACUAUCAAUUUAGAUUAAUUCUAAUUGGUGAUAGCACUGUUGGAAAAAGUUCUUUGUUAAAAUAUUUUACUGAUGGUAAAUUUGCUGAGCUCUCAGAUCCUACGGUUGGUGUAGAUUUUUUUGCAAGACUUAUAGAAGUUAAAAACGGCACUAGAAUUAAACUUCAGCUUUGGGAUACGGCUGGUCAGGAGAGGUUUCGGUCAAUAACAAAAUCCUACUACCGCAAUUCUGUUGGGGCAUUUUUAGUUUAUGACAUUUGCAAUAGGUCUAGUUUUGAACAUAUACCUCAAUGGAUGAAUGAAGCUAGAAGGAAUAUUGAACCGCAUAGACCUGUUUUUGCUUUGGUUGGGUGUAAAGCAGAUUUAGUCAGUAAUGGAGUACAUAGAGAAGUAUCUCAAGAAGAGGCAAAAGCAUUUGCAGAACAACAUGGAAUUUUUCAUGUAGAAACAUCCUCAAAAAAUGGUAUGAAUGUUGAAGAAGCAUUUACAGCUGUUACUCAAGAAGUAUAUAAUAGAGUUCAGUCUGGUGAAUAUAAAGUAGAAGAUGGUUGGGAUGGUAUAAAACCUGGAUUUGCAAGACCUAAUGGUUUAGAAUAUCACUUAGUAGAAGCGGAACCUGCCAGAACUCCAUGUUGUUAAUAGAUUUUUCACCCAAAAAUUUUAAAUUGGCAUGGUAUCGUUGGCAUAAUUUUUGAAGAUCGAAAAGAAAAGGAAGCAAAAAUAUAGUGUUAAGUUUUUUAUGCUCAAACAAGAUCUGAAUUAUGUCAGAUAAACAUUUUUGUGGAAAAUACGUAUUAUUCAUCUGUCAAGAGCCACUUAGUUAAAAAGGUUUAUAAUUGUAUAUUCUCUUUUAACGAUAGACUUUAUGGGCCACAUUAUAAUUAAUUUGUUUCAAUAGUCCAAAAAACAAAACUAAUUGACUGAAUUUUCAUGGUCUAUUAUUGUUAAAAAGAUUAGAACUAUUUUAAAAAGAAAAUAAUGCAGUGCCGUUUAAUAUUUUGGGUUUUAUGUUAGUACCUUCAAAUUGUAUUUUAUAUCAAAAUACGUGACAUAAUUGUUAUUAUUUAAUCUAGUCUUUAUCAUUUCUAAUAAGUAAAUUUUCAAUAUUUAGUGUAUACUCGGUUUUCUGUACAUAUUUAAUUUAGAUAGAGUUGCAUUAAUUUAUGUAGAAAGUAUAUAAAAUAAAUAAGGUUUUAUUUAUA